GAUAUUCAGGAGAAAAAAUUAUUAAUGGAAAUCCAAAUAAUAAUAAUAAUAAUAGUAGUAGUAAUGACAACAAUGAAUCGAUGCCACAAAAUCGACAACAACUUGAAGAAAGAUUUCGUUCACAAUCUCAGAUUCCAAUGGAAUUAACAUUCAAACAGUUUUAUCAUCACAUUCAAAAUGGACAAUUAUUUCGAUUAUUAUUUGGUCUAGACAACAAUAUGAAUGUUGAAGAAUAUUUUGAUAAAAUCAUACGUAUUAAUAUUGAAAUUGAUGAUUUAAUAUUACCAUUAUGGCGUCCAUUGACAUCAACAUCACAAUGGAUUGCAUUACAAUCAUCAACACAAUCAACAUUACGUUGUUAUUCAUGUAAACGAACUAGAUAUUAUCUAUCCACUUAUUUUCAUACAUUAUCAGAAAUUGGUGAAGUAACUGAAGUGAAUCGUUUAGAUAUUGAAAAUAUAAGUCCAUCGGCAAUUAAUGGUGUUGGUGUAAUGACCACAACAACUACAGCAGCAAAUGCACAGAAUGUUGCUCGUCAAUUUCGUCAAGAUAUGCAAGAAAAUGAAAUACAUGUAUUGGCCAAUGAUCUUAUUAAUCGUUUGACAAAGAUUGGUUCAUUUUUAUUCGAUUCAUCCAAUGAUAAUGAAAUUGUUAAUGUUGAUCAAUUAACAUUAUUGGAAAAUUGGUUCUAUAAAGAAAAAAUUGAAAUGAUUAAUAAUUUGAAAAUGAUUUGUCAAAAAGCAGAAGAAAUAUUUGCCCUUGAACCAAGGUUAUUGAACAUUUCAUCACCAUGCUAUAUAAUGGGCGAUAUACAUGGUAAUCUAAAAGAUUUAUUAUUAUAUUCACAAUUAUUAUGGAAAUCAACACCAUUCAUCAAUCAAGGCCGUUAUUUAUUUCUUGGUGAUUAUGUUGAUCGUGGACAAUACGGGGUUGAAUGUAUCAUUUAUUUAUUUUGUAUGAAAAUACUUGCACCACAAAAUUUUCUUAUCCUCAGGGGUAAUCAUGAAAUUCGUGAUAUACAACAACAAUUCUCAUUCUAUGGUGAAUGUUGUACACGUUUUGAAUUAGAAUUAUGGGAUUCGAUCAAUAGGGCAAUGGAUCGUUUACCAAUUACAGCUAUAAUUGAUGGUCGUCUAUUCUGUGCACAUGGUGGUAUACCAAUUACAAUAACAACAUUGGAACAAAUUCGUUCUGUACCAAAACGGAUAGAAAAUCCACUUUAUUCAUCAUUUGAAACAUGGGAAAUAUUAUGGAAUGAUCCGGUAUCAGGUGGAGAAUUGGCUAAAAUUGUUGAAUUUGAAAAAGAUAAUUAUGAACGUGGUUUUGUACAGAAUACACGUCGUGGUACAGCGUUUCAAUAUACUGAAUGGGCUGUAGAUAGAUUUUGUCAACGUAAUCAAAUUGAAUAUAUAAUACGUGCGCAUGAAGUUUAUCAUGAAGGUUUUCAUUUUGAUCAUCGUGGUAAAACAAUGACAAUAUUUUCUAGUUCAAAUUAUUCUGAAUUAACAAAUCGUUCAGCCGUUGUAUUUAUUGAUCGUGAACGUAUACGUAUUGUACAGGUAAAAAAUGAAUAAAAAGAAUUAUUAUUUUUUGAAA